GUUGAAGACCUCAUUCGUCAGUUAAGAGGACAUUUAAAGACAGUCAAGACUGAAGGAGAAUUGAAACCAUUCCAUUCAUUCAAUGACAUCAGAGAGAGACUAAGACGACCAUUGAAACAGCUUGACAUAACUGCCUCCGACUUCCUCACUGUAUUGAGAUUCCUACACAAAAGAGGUGUAGUAUUUUUACAUGAUUCUCCACGAGUAGAUGACAAGAACUCACCAGUGGUAGCCAUCAACCCACAGAUAAUCGGGUUCCUUCUUCAGCGUACCAUCAGAUCGGGUGAGAUGCACGGGGAGGGUAGCAUCCUUUCUGGAUUCCUUCCCAACGUCCACCCGGCCAUGAUUUGGGGUGUCGACCCGGUCCUAUUUGCCGAUGAUAAUAACUCAGCCGGUAUAACAGGUCUCCAAUUGAUAGAUUUCCUCACUUCGGUUGAUCUCUGUGCCCCCUUGGUCCCGGGGGCUGUCCUCAUCCCCUCUUUAUUGCCACGCCUACCUCCGGCCGAAACCCGU